CAAAAUGGCUUGCACAGCUGCUACAGUAUUGCUCUUCGUGCCAAAUCUAAUCGGCUACAUCAGGAUAUUAUUGCUGGUCAUAUCAUGCUGUACAAUGUUACAUAAUCACUACAUAACAGUAUGUUGUUACCUGCUUAGUCAGUUGCUGGAUGCGCUGGAUGGACAUGCAGCGAGAGCUCUAGGCCAGUCGUCAAAAUUUGGUGCUCUGUUAGAUAUGCUAACAGACAGGGCAUCUACAGCAUGUAUAAUGAUGGGUUUAUGCGUACUCUACCCAAAAUAUACAGUUGUGUUUCAAAUGAGCAUGGCGUUGGACAUUGUAUCGCACUGGAUGCACCUUCACGUCUCAACAAUCAGUGGAAAUGCCUCCCACAAAGCAAUAUCUCUGGAAGGCAACCCAAUUCUCAAAUUGUACUACACUUCCAAACCAGUUCUGUUUUUUAUGUGUGCUGGCAACGAGUUGUUCUACAGCAUGCUCUACUUGAUGGCAUUCACUCAAGGUCCCAUGUUGAGUGGAGUGAACAUGUCACUAUUCCGCUUCAUAUUCUAUCUUUCUUGUCCCGUCUGGUUCGCCAAGUCGAGCAUCAGUUUGCUGCAUUUAGUAGUUGCUUCUGUAAAUGUGGCUAAAAUAGACGCUUCAGAUAGAUCAAAAGAAUCAUAAGAGGCAUUAAAAAUUAAUAGUUGGAAUUAUAUAACGGUCGCACUAUAGUUUUCAUUAUGUUUCAGUUUACGUGCUAUUUUUACUCUUUUUUUAAAUUGCUCUGUUGUGAAAUAUAUCCGACCAAAAUCAUGAAGUGUCAUCUAAGUUUCAACUCAAUAGAGACUGAUGAAAUUCGAUAUUAACAGAGUUAUUUAGGGGUAGUUAUUUUUUCAAAUCCGGACCGUAAAAAAGUUAAAGAACUUUAAUUUUCUAUAUAAACCCUUGCGAUAAGCAAGGUUAUUGCAAUCGGGUACUGGUCUUAUUCCCAUAAAAAAAUUUGUUCACUGAAUGGUCAAAAAAGUUAAGUUUCAGUUCAUAAUGAAUUCCAGUUUUUCUUGCGUCGCCGGCAAACUUAGUCCGAAGUUAAUGAAUGCACCUGGGACGGCAAAUGGGUUCGAAUCUGACAGGACCUUGUUUAACGAGAAAUAGUCCGUUUCAAAAAAAUUGCCGGCUAAUUUUUGUCUGCUUUUUUUUUAUCGGCAAAUGUUCUGCCAUAUUCUAGAAUUUUUUUUAUUAUGGUUGCUGUUAGUGUUCUGAUGUACCUCUUCUGUUUGUUAUAAAUUUUACUAAACUUGACUUCGUAUAUUUUGUUUUUUUUUGUUUUCUUUUCGCUUAAAAACUUUAUUUCGCCCAAAUGAUUUCGGCCUACUUUUUAUAGGCCAGAUGACUUAAUUUCGAGUCGUUUCAGCGGAAACAUUUUUUGAUGCUAGCCUCUGGAUUGCACAAAAUGCUAAAAAUGUUAAUAGAAAUUAUUGUUCAUGAGAACGUUUUUUUUUCGGCUUUUUUGUUCAUUUUUUUCCUGCUUGAUAGGUUUCGGCCUUUAUAAAUCAGCUUAUUGGCCUCAUAUUGCGCUUCUCGACGAGCAAAAAAGGUUUCGGUGUUUUGAGGGUGAGGGGGACUUAUUAACUUUUCUUUUUUUCGGCUUAAAGGGUUUCUGACUAGGUAUUUUUUUGGGUUUGUUACCGCUGGGUACGCAUACUUCCGAUGCUAAUUUCACAUUCUAUUGUCUUGGCAUGCUUUUGUUUCAAAACUAGCCUGAUUCAUUUCGAUAGAUUUUGUUCGACAUUUUCGAUUUUUUUUUCUUCAUUUUUUGUUUUGUAUCGCGAGUGAGCGAAGCUCAGCUUUGCCUCUGUGUUUUUAAAUUGCUUUACCUAGAUAACUGUGUCGGAAUAUUCUAAACUACUCGCACAGCAAGCGACAUUCGUUUUUUGUAAUCACUUGUGAAUGUUUACCUGCCCCACUCAGUGAUAAAUGUAUAAUUGGAAUUGGAAUUUUUUUUGAAGUAUAUGUAAAAUGUUAAAUGAAAAGAAAAAUUUGUUAUGAAAAAAGAUUCAACU